AUGGAUCGUGGCUUCACAGAAUCCAGGACGAGUCUCACUCCACAAGGGAGCGUCAACUUAAACGAUCUUCGUCAGGCUGUCUCGCAGACCCGAGCCAACUUCACCAGGCUCACGACCGUUCCCGAGCGAUCCCGGGACAAUGACGGACCAGCACCCGACUUCAUCACAUUUAUCUCUCUCGCUUGCGAGAUAUACCAAGCCCAGAGUGACGACCUGGUGCCUGUCAAACAAUAUCCUUCAUUACUAGAGACUUACCAGGGGAAGGGGCAUACAAGCCUCGUGACGCAUGCGCAGGUAGCUCUUUCGGCACCAUCCAGCUUGAGCCGUGGCGCCUUUUGGCCGUACUCAGAAGGCAUCGUCAUCAAACGACCGAGGCACAGCAUUCUCGAGAACAAAGCCGACAGUCUCAACAGCUUCAUCGCCGAGCUGCGCAUCAGAUCCCAUGUAUCUCUCAAAUCCCACCCGAACAUUGCCCGUCUUCGUGGCAUAGGUUGGGACUUCGAGGACGAAGACGCGACGAUACCCCGUCCCAUCCUUCUUGAGGAAUUCGCUCCCCAAGGAGCUCUGGACAACUUCUGGAAAAACUGGAAGUUUGUGAGCAUGAGCUUCGAGUCUAAGCUAGAUUUCUGCCGCGACAUUGCCGAGGGCCUGUCCGUGCUGCAUGCUUGCGGCGUCGUACAUGGCGACGUCAAGCCCGAGAACAUUCUGGUCUUCCCCCGGCAAGACGCGCGGGACUCAUUUUCCUUAAAGCUCACGGACUUCGGCCACUCUGUUCUAGAAGCUGACAAGGGCGAGAGGCUCCCGGCCUUCACGCCGCAAUGGUCCGCCCCUGAGGUUACCAAGCACAGUAAGAUGACUUUCACUCAGAUGAAGGCCACAGAUUACUACUCUUUUGGACUGGUCAUGCUAUCAGUCAUGCUUGGUCGUGCAUUCUACACCGACAUGGACGACGUGCAAAGUUUCAAAGAAGAUGGCAGCAUUCUUUGCAGACUGCUGAUGCUCAUUGAAAAGGAGGACAAGUUCAACGAUGAUUCGGAUAUCGAAGUCGGUACCGUCGCCCAGAUGCUGCAUAAGACUGUACAGUUAAUCCCCGAGGUUCGGAGUUUGGAAGACUGCAUUUGUGUCAUUGAAGUCUACAAGCUCGAAAACCAGGCCACGAGUGAUCAAAUGCCUAUGUCCAAGUCCCCUGCGAUGCCGGUGAUCAUUGGAUAUCAUACCCUUAUCAGGUGCAGCCAUCAGUUGAAGGAGCACAUCGUGAACACGCUCCGGGACCUAGCCGAGAGGUCAGAAGACCCAAGAAAGCCAGCUGCAGCUUGGGAACUCACCAUCUGUUACUUUUCGGGGUUCGGCGUGCCGCGGAACUUUGAUGCCGCGUUGAAAUGGCUUUCUGUUGCUCGUGAACUCGGAGUCGCUGCGGCCCAAGACCUCUUCAAACCACUGCAAGAGGCUAUAGCUGUCGCACUGAAAGCCCAAUCUCGCGAUGGAGCAGCUUUCGUCAAGAAGCAAGGGCUCACCUUUGGGGAUCAGCAAUCAUUGAACAAUGCUAGGUCGAAAAUUGAGACUAGUGUAUCUGGUGCUCAAGCUGAGGACAACGAAGAGACAACAAUCAUUGAUCAAGAAGAACACAUCUUGAGGCCUUCAAGGUCGGCAGUCCGCACCACCGACGAGUCCGACCCAGUUCAGAAAGAGGAUAUGGUGCCUGAUGCCAACGCUUUGUUCCAGAAAUACUUUGAGGUGGGUAACACAAAUGUACAGUCGAUGCCGUCGAUACCACAGCCAGUGCCUAGCCAUGUACGGGACGCUAUCGAGGCCGGUUCAGUGGACCCACUUCGAGACAUUAUCACCCGCGACCCCAGUUUGCUCAACAGUGUUGAUGACUGGGGCAAUACCCCUAUGCUACUUGCCGCUCAUCACAGACAACCUGAGAUUUUAAGAUACUUGAUUUCUCACCCAGGUAUUAAUGCCUCUGCACACAACAAGUCUUGUCAGACCGCACUCCAUUUCCUGGCCCACUUUGAGGAGGAACGUGCAGUCGGCUUUGUUCUGCCGCUGGUCGACAAGGGCAUUGACCUUCUUCGCGAAGCUCUCCCGAUGCGCAAAGACAACGGGGCGCUUAUUUUCUUCCAAGGACUCCGUUGCUGUGCGGUGCUCAACUCUAUCCUGCACAACAAGACCAUUCUUCUCGCCAGCCUCUUAGAGGCCGCUCAUUCCAAGUCAUCAGUGUCCAUCUGCCACAUUUGCGAGAUAGGAUCUAGGUUCCGCCGCAUCUUGGCUGUUGCCCUAUCUCUGUUCCGGAUCGACGUCUUGGAGCUCCUAACAGCUCACCUACGGACGCACAGGAAGUCGGAGACGAUCAAUCUGGCCAAUGUUCAGGUCUGGGCAGGCCAGAAACUACUUCGGCUGUACCAAGUUCCGUUCAGCAGUGUGGCAGUAUCGGCGAUGGACCUUCCAGAGGACUUCUUCCGUGCGAUCAUGUACGGGAGCAACUAUGCUGAUGUUCUUGAGCGCACACUCGACUUCCUCACAGCUACGGCCUCGACCACGAAUCAAUCGAGCCGCAUUCCGGGACUUUCUCUGGAAACGAAAAUGUUGAGAGAGGCAUCUGCCGGGGGCAGUUUGGAUGCGGUCAGCUCUCUUUUGAAUCGAGCGAAGGAGUCGCAGCCGAAAACUCCGGAAUGGGUGGUGUGCGGGAAUGGUCUAGGCGAUGGGCCCCUUGAAACAUCCAUCCGGUUUGGCCUCCGGGAUAUCUUCAACCGAUUACUUCGCGACGAUGCCUCUUUUCUCCAGGACUGGUUUGAAUAUCCCUGCCAGAUUGGCGAAUGCUUUGACCGCCCCACCUGGUGGGUUUUAAUCUAUCGGCUGCUCGUAGGCAGGGAUAGAAGAGUCCCUCUCCCCGACGGCCACACCCAUAGUCGAGAAAUCAUCGGGUACUUACUCAAGGUUGCAAUCGAAGCCCGCCAUCAAGACACAUAUUUUCUGUCUAGAAUUAUCGACGAGGUCAGAAAUCAGAAUCUUAUAUACCCGGCUUUGUUCAUCCAUGCCGUACACAAUCUCGAUCUCAAAGCCGCGGAUAUCUUGAUAAAGAAGUAUCCCAGGCUUUUGAACAGCCGCUGCUGGUGGGAACUUUCAGUCCCACCACAUUCUAGCUUCCUUCCUGAAUUCGAAGACUUCGGCAUCAAGACGGUCACGGACGCAGUCCUGUCAACUGGCACAUACGAGCAGUGCCAGUUCGUAAUGAAGCAUAUGCUCUCUCAGAGAUCGCUCGGACGGGGCUUUCCAAUACGAAGUCAAUGGAAGAGACUCCAGUCAUGGUGGCGCUUCCAUCGUUUCAGAGGGCAUCAUACAGCCACUCUUGAGGAGAAGGGAGAACCCGAAUGGCGAAGGUGUCCAUUAGAUCCAGGAGAGUACAACGCUUUACUCUCGGGGAACAUCUUGCGGAACGACCCGGAACGGAAAGCAUUGUGGAGCGUCAUCGACACUCAAAUCGCCAGUGGCCAUUCUCUUUCGGCAAAGUACCUCAAGAUGGCGAUAGACUCGUCGAACACCGAGGCGCUGGUGGAAUUAUUGGACAGGGGCUGGGAGGUCAACGGGUCCUGGAGACACUGCCUCGAUACGCCGCUGCAGCACGCGCUCAAGAGGGAUAACUGGGAGGCAUGGACCCGUAGCAUCCUCGCCAGACAGCCAGAGCGGCUAGAUGCGCUGACUGAACUGCACAGCAUGUUCGGACCGCCGGCAUUUCAGGGGCCUCAUCUUGAGACCCACCGAGAGAUUUACCAGGCGUACACGGAUGCCCGCAGGUCUCAGGCGGCAAAGCUGUACAGUCGCAAGAUGGCUGAGGCGGCUACAAUACUUCGUGAGCGCGGCGGCCGUGUGUCUCCGUUUUCGAGCGCCACGAGGGCCACAUCCGCUGCCGGCAGGGCUGUGCGAGCUUGGGCGUUCAUCCUUCAUACCUUGCUGUACGCUCUCGUCUUACCUCUUGUCCUUGUCUACUCCACUCGGAGUGUUUGGCAGGACAUGUCUGUCGGGCAGAAGUUUGGGUUCGCGUGGCUCUGGACCCUGUUGUCAUAUUUUGUUCCCCAUUUUUGGCUGCUCAAAAAGGUGGCGACUGAUUCCUCGGUGGGAGCUCAGAGCUUCUGGAUUGGUUUGUUCUCGGUCGUUUUCCUGUUUCACCAUGUCGGGUUGCCAUACAUUGUGGUUAGACAUAGAUGGCGGCCCAUACGUUCUUGCCAUUACUUCGUGGAGAACGGCGGAUUGGGAUCAACUUGCACAGACUUUACAUUCCUAUUACCGCUCAUUAUAGCAGGGAUUGAAGGUGUCGUAGUAUUGGUAUUUCACUUCAUGGCACAUGCAUAG